AUGGAAUUGGUUGGUGUUAUUCUUUGGAAUUUAUGGAAUAAUCGGAAUGGAGCAAUCUUUGAUGGGCCCUACAGAGAUCCUCUUAGCUUGAUCUCCCUGUCCAUAGCAUUCCUAAAUCAAUUCAAUGAAGCAAAUUCCAAAGAUAAGUUCAAUAAGCCUAUCUCUCUUAAAUCAAGGUUAUCAAUAGGUCAUUGGAUACGACCCAAUGCAGGUUUUGUUAAGGCAAACUUUGAUGGAGCUGUGUUUAUGGAUGAUAAAUCAUCAGGGGUUGGUGUUAUUAUCCGAGAUGAUAAAGGAAGUUUCAUUGCUGGCCUUUCCAAAAAAAAUCUUGGAAUACUGGAACCAAAUGUGGUAGAAUCAUAUGCGGCCAAACAUGCUAUUCAAUUACUACAUGAUUUGGGUUUCAAUAAGAUUGUUUUGGAAGGAGAUUCACAAAAAGUCAUCAAAAUGCUGGACCGUUUGGAAUCUAACGAUUCAUCAUGUGGUUUGUUGAUUGAUGAUACCAUUGUCUUAUGUCAAGACUUCAUGUGUUGGGAAGUUUCAUGGAUUUCUAGGUCGUUUAAUGUUCCUACUCAUACCCUUGCUAAGUAUGCUGUUAAUCUUUUAGAUUCUUAUAUAUAG